AUGGAUCUGCUUGAUGAUGAGGUCGCGACGCGAUGCUUGGCUGAGGUUCGAUCCAAUCAGUGGGAUGUGAUCUUGGUGACGCCUCCCUGCAGUACUUUUUCCAGGGUUCGUUUCGUACAGCCGGGCCCAAAACCUUUGCGUUCCCGUCUCUACCCCUUAGGUUUUCCUUGGCUCUCCAACAAAUUGCAAAUGCAAGCCGACCAAGGGAACCAGUUUGUACAUUUCUCUUUCAGGAUCUGUGAGGCUGCUCUGGAGGUCCGCGCUGAUUUCCUGCUGGAACAUCCAGAGGACUUGGGACGGACAAAGGGCGGACAUGUGCCGGCGUCAAUCUGGCAGUUGCCCGAGGCACAGCGAUUGAUGAGCCACGAACGAGUUUUUACCUUUGCAAUUUACCAAUGUCGGUUUCAUGCUACAUCACCGAAACCCACGCGCUUUUUGACUUCCAUUACCGCCUGUCAGCAGAUGCCUUUCGUGGGGCCACCACGAUUCAACUCUGAGGAGCGUUACUUGGGGCCUCUUCCGAGAUUUUGUGGGCAUAAGGACCAUGAUUCCCUGCUGGGCAAGCUUUCCGCUGGGGGCUGGAAGGCCACGCCUGCUGCUGCUUAUCCUGCUGCUCUGUGUGCACAGAUUUCCGAGUGGGCCUUCUCCGUCUUCGAUGGGGGGAGGCCAGCUGCAAUCCCCCAGGUUGACACAUCGGGGGCUGGAAUCAUCUUUCGUUUUGAUCCUGUGUUGCUCUCUUCACAGCAGUUGGGGGGUGAAGGGGCAGAGGGUCUGGCAGCAAAUAUGUUGUCGGCUGGUCAGGCCUAUGAAUCUCAGCUCCUGAGAUUGUCUGAGUUGCUGCCGGAUGAAGACAGGGUUAGAGAAUCCUCGGUGGUGAUUAAGGGUCAGAGAUCUUUCACAACUGGGGCCUACUGUCAUCAUGGCAAGGCUGGAUUGAGGCGCAAUAUGGCUUCUUUUCCUUUGAGCUCGGAGCUCUUGGCUAAACUGAUCACUACGAACUUUACUGGCAGGCCUUUCACUUCGAUGGCGUUCUUUCGAGACAUUGGUCAACCCCUUCACAAAGACACGACGAACGGGAGUUACGACAACCUUCUCCUGGCAUGUUCCUCCUUCAUGGAUGGAGGCUUGUGGGUUCAGACUGAGGGCGGCCAGAUCGUCCGGAAUGCUGGGGGAAAACCUGUGGGGGGUGAGAUCCUUCUUUGGGGUCAGGGAAAAAUAUGUUUCAACCCUCAUAACUGGCACUCAACAGAGUCCUGGACUGGGACGCGACUGGUGCUUGCGGCCUAUUCGAUUUCCCAGGAUGGUCUCCUGGCCGAUGGGGAUCGGAAGAAGCUGGUAGAUAUGGGAUUUGAGGUCCCGGGACUUCGAAAGAGGGGCCCGGAGUGCUUGACGGAGGACGCAGUGGUCGAGACCCUGGGCAAAGGUGGUGCUUUAAGCAAAACCACCGGAGAGGAGACCCUGGGCAAAGGUGGUGCAUUAAGCAAAACCACCGUGGAGGAUAUCCCCUACAGUGAGCUGCAGUCUGGUUGCGAGGGGCCUCCGAUGGUUGGUGAGUUUGCUGGAUUGAAGGAUGAGUUUGUGGAUGGGUUUGGCAGGUUUGUGGUGGAUUCUUUUCCAGACCUAGCUAGGGCUACCUUCAAGCUGGCCACGGGAAAGUGGACCGGCCCCCUCUUCGAUCCGAAGGGAUUGGAGUCGCUGCGAGAGGAUUGGUUCCAAAUGCUGCCGGAUCCUGUUCGCGCGCGGGAGAUGAUUCCGAACCAACCGUUCUACCUUAGGGCCAUUGCACAAACUCUUCAGAUUCUGGAGGAUCCUGAUUUUCGGAUUCUUGAGGAGGGCAAGUAUUGUUUCUGCAAUGGAGUAGAGGUGGGGCAUUUGGAGCCUAUCGGACCUACGCCGCAGGUUUAUCGACGAAGAAUGAAAGACCAGAAAUAUGAUGAAUCAGAGUGGGAGCCCGAGAUGAGGAACUACAGAGACGGUCCGGGAGUCGAAAAGGCUCUUCAGGCCGCCUUCGAGAAGGAGGAGUUGGCCGGGCGCAUGUUCCCGCUUUCCAUGUCGGAGGCGAGGCGGCGCUACCCUGGGGAUGCGUUGAGGGUGGCGGCUCAGGCGGUUAUUCCAAAACCCGACAACGAUUUCCGUGUGGUUCAUGAUGGGACCCAUGGGGUCCAAGUCAACAACGAUGUGAUCAUGAGGGACCGCCUGGAAUCUCCCGGUGCUCGAGAGGUCGCUUCUUUGCAAAGGCUUGGUGCCACGUCAGAGGAGAGGGUGUUCUUCGGCAUCGUCGGGGACGUUUCGAAGGCCCACCGAAGGUUCCUCCACCACCCAGAGCAUUGGGGGGUACUGGGGUGCAAGACAAGGGCUGAUUCCUCGGUGGUCUGGUUAAACCGGACCGGAACCUUUGGCGUGGCCUCUGCAGCCUAUUGGUUCUCUCGGCUGAUUGGUCUCGUAGGGAGGCUGGCCUUCCGCGUUCUGCUGGAUACCUUCAUCUUUAUGCUCAUUUAUGCCGACGACCUCCACGUUGUCAGUGGAGGACGGGAGCGCUGGAUAAACAUCUGGAUGAUGCUGGCUCUGCUAAGCAUGCAAGGCACUCCUUUCUCUGAUCAUAAGUGGAGAGGCGGCCUGCACGUGGAUUGGGUGGGAUACUGGAUCGACUACACCAGGUUCCACAUCGGGAUUUCGGAGAAGCGAUGUCGAUGGAUCAGUGAUUGCAUUGAUGGAUUGGAAAAGGCCAACUGGCUUGUGGAUGUCCGCCGAUACCACGAGCUGCAUGGUAGACUGGGCUUUAUGUCAAAGAUAUUGAUCUGGAUCCGACCUUUCUUGGCUCCUGGCUACGCAUGGCUUGCUGUGGUGCCAAAAGGGGCUGUGCUAUCGUUGCCCAACCUGGUGAGGUGCACCCUGAAGUUCAUUUCGAGUCGCUUGAAGGCUGGUUGUCGCACCUAUCCGGCCGGGGUCGGUGAAAAGGACCUAGGCGAGCUUUUCAGGACGGACGCGGCUUGUAAUGAGAACUCGGUUGUGCUUGGUGGAUGGUUCUUGCACUUGGGUGGCGAGCCCAGCGCGGCCCCUUGGUUUCAGAUCAUUCUCGGAAGGGAGGACGUUCCCUGGUUGUUCAAUGAGGAGGGGAGCGCCUGGGCGAGCACUUCGGCGGAGCUGUUGGCUUCACUGGUGGCCCUACACCUCCUGGGAAGAGACUUUGGGGAGCUGCUUGGGGGUCCUGGGGUCCUGAGGUCUUGUUUCUCAGGAGGCACGGACAACAAGGCCACGGAGGCUUUGUCAAUCAAACUCUUAACUACCAAGGUCCCCCUGAUGUUCAUUCUCAUGCAGUACGUUGGUCGCUGUGAUCACCUUGGCAUCCGUUGUCAUCUUAGCUGGCGUCCUCGGGAUGCGAAUGUGGAGGCUGAUCAGAUAACCAAACAUUGCUUCGAUGCUUUCAGUGCUGGACGGCGCCUGUCAGUAAGUUGGUCUGAAGUGGAUCUUUCAGUGCUGAUGCCUCUGCUUGAGUUCUGCAAUUUUAGGGCGGACUUGAACGCCAUCAAGCUUGAUUCGCAAAUGGGCCCCAUGUCAGGAAGCGUUCGAUUUGAGAAAUCAGUGUGGGGGUGA